AUUGAUCCAGUUGAUCUCUCCCUGCCUUUUGCCCUUGCACUUGCACUCACUUAUGUGUUGUAGGCGUGUAUCAUGUCUUGUUUCACGCCGAUUCGACUACCAUAGGAGAGUCUCUACUUUAAUCUGCUGACGGACGCCCGUCCUCGCUGUCUAAUUGCUACGGAGCAUCCCCCCUCAGAGUCGGAGCCUGCUUCAUAGAAGCAUAGAAGCUCUUCGUACACCUCCAGCGGGCAAGAUGGGGGUCUUCAGCUUGCCGUGGAGUCUCACAGGAGCUCUGCUGGCAUCCACGUAUCUUCCCUCACUAUUUGCCUGUGCUAGUCCAUCAAUCAAUGUCGGGUUGCAGGCCUCUUUCUCCUCUGCGCCAUACCUCCUUGAACUACUAGAAACAGCUGCAGACGAAAACGCAACAUCUUAUUUUCCGCUUCUCGAUCGAAUUGCCGACGGUUACUUCUCAAAAGCCUCUACAGAUAAGGAGCUUUAUGACCAGUUUAUACAAGUGUUGAAAGAUGAUGGGCACAUGUCGGAUCCAGAAACACUUUCUGUCUACCAGUUUGCACUGUCCAUGCGGUCUUCAGCCCCUCGUAUCGAAGCACAUUAUCAGUAUUACCACACUGCAGUGGAGCCGUCUCUGAAAGUGGAACAAGAUACGACAUGUCCUGAGUGGGUGCUCUUUGACGACAAGCAGUAUUGUUCGCCGGCUCUGGAUGCACCUCAUCAGGACGUCAGCGAUAACUCGCAAAUAGAAGAAUUGCCGUUCGACAGGGUGUUUGGAAAUCCUUCGGCACCCGUCUCUAUUUUGUACGCUGAUAUUUCCUCCCCGACAUUUGGACAGUUCCACAAAAUCCUGGUAAAGAGAGCUCGUGAGGGAAAAGCUUCCUACCGAGUCCGAUACAAGAAAGCAAUUUCCCCCGAGUCCAAGCCACUCAUUAUCCCAGGCUACGGUGUUGAGCUGGCGCUGAAGCGAACAGACUAUAUUGUGAUUGAUGACCGCAAGGACAAUGAAGCCAAGCCUUCAGAGGCUGUCUCGGAGACAGAGGUGAAGUUUGAAGACGAAGAGUUUGCGGAUCUUAAACCUCUGUCUAGCUCGGAACUGCUCGACCUAAGUGUAAAGACAUCAAGCUUCAUAAUGCAGAGCGAAAAGCCAUUCGAUACCCUCAUAAAGCUUUCACAGGACUUUCCAAAAUAUUCAAGCGCCGUGGCUUCCCACAAUGCCACUGCGGAAUUUCUUGCAGAGCAUAGUUAUAACCGUGGCCGGAUAGUGCCGGCUGGGUUUAACGUCUGGUGGAUGAAUGGUGCCCGGUUGACUGAUCGACAAAUUGGAGCUUUGAGUCUCCUUCAUCUGUUGCGGAAAGAAAGGAAGCUCGUAAAAGGUGUCACUGAUCUUGGCUUCACUGGCAAAGAAGCAAUUGAGCUUCUGACAGACCAAGCAAUAGCCGCCGUCAACGCUGACGAUGAACCACAAAGAUUUGACUGGAGGGAUGAGAUCGAGGGCGGUAACGCAAUAAUAUGGUUGAACGACCUCGAGAAAGACAAACGCUAUGCGGAUUGGCCUACAGCUCUCCCUGCGAUGCUCCAGCGGACGUACCCUGGACAACUUCCUCCUGUCCGGAGAGAUUGCUUUACCUUGGUUCUACCAGUUGACCUCACAAGCAUGCAGGAUGUUUAUGUUAUCGCUGAUACUCUUAUAAGCUUUGUGAGGCGGAAGCUUGCCAUUCAUAUUGGAAUUGUACCCAUUACCAAAACAGCCCGCGCCGAAGAUCAAGCUGCGGUGCUUUAUCACCUGCUUGAUACAUACGGACUAACCGCUCUUUCCGAAUACCUCGAGGCGUCCUACAACUCCCGGUCUGUUGAAUCUGCGAGCAAAUCGGUCUUUGAAAGUACGAUAAAGAAGAAAAAGCCCCGAGCAAACAAAGCCACUCAAUCUUUCGAAGAUGUGCUCGAGUCUGAAGAGUAUCGAAGCCAGGUCCAGGCCUCCAAAAAAUGGAUUCGGAGACUAGCUGCGGAUAGUACAAUCCCGCCAAUGUUUGUUGAUGGAGUUGCCCUUCCUCGUGGUGAAAAUUUCUUGCAGACGAUGAGUUCCAGAGUCAUGGCCGAUCUACAGUCCAUUCAAGCGGCGAUCUACGAAGAGUAUUUCAAAGCAGAUGCGUGGCUACCAUCGUACUUCCUCGCUCAGGCGGCUAAGAAACGAAAUGCACUGGUGGUGCCCGAGGACGAGAGCAGUCUGAGGAUAUUCGAUGUCAACAACCUCUUAGGGGGAAAUGAUGAGUUUGUUAAAACGUUGCCCCGUGUAGAGGCUGAUCCAUCAUCUGCGAAAGACGAUUGGGGUCAUAUGAUUGUGAUAGCAGACCUGGACUCUGAGGCUGGUAAAAAGCUUCUCUCGACAGCGAUCUUGUUUCAUAAGACCAACCCCUCGGUCGAACUCACUGUAGUGCACAAUCCAGCUUCCGACACUACUAAUUUCGCCGUGAGCAAUCUCCUAUUUUCUCACGUACGAGACCAUUCAUACCAGGCUUUCCAAGAUGCCGAUGAUCUUGCUGCCAUUUUGACUGCAGAUGUCUCUAAAGAAAAGAAUGUGGCUCAGCAAGAAGCAGACGAGUAUUGGCAAGGCGCCAAAUUUUUGGUCAAAUCUAUAUCGUUCCGACCUGGUCAAAAUGGCCUUUUGCUGAACGGUCGCCUUGUUGGUCCUGUCACUGCGACAUCUGAGCUCGACCUGGAAGACUUCGAACAAUUACUAUCAUAUGAACGCUCCAACCGAAUCUCCCCAGUAUAUGCUGCCGUGAAGACCCUUGGAAGGGCCGACAGUCUUGUGGAUCCUCUUUCCGCGGCGAAGAUCUCUUCCAUCGUAGCGACAUCCAUGCUACCGGGUACACCAGAUGGCAUUGUUGAGAAGGAUUCAACAGCCAGGAUGAGUUUGCACGGUUUAUGGAAUAGUUCCCACACUGCUAUUGAGGUUGGCGAUAUCUCUACAGCGACCAUACAGAUGACACUACUUGUGGAUCCCGCCAGUGAGCAAGGUCAAAAAUGGAUUCCUAUCAUAAAAGCCCUCUCAGAGCUUGAGGGUGUUUACGUCAAGCUUUUCUUAAAUCCUAAAGAGCGCCUUCAGGAGAUCCCUGUGAAGCGAUUCUACAGGUAUGUUCUUGGUUCAAAACCGACCUUCGAUGAUUCUGGGGCCCUCCAGUCUCUUGGUGCUUCCUUCACUGGCGUCCCUCAAGAUGCUCUAUUGACUGUGGGUAUGGAUGUACCGCCGGCGUGGCUAGUCGCACCAAAAGUUUCGGUUCACGACUUGGACAACAUCAAGCUCAGCUCCAUAAAGACCGAUGUCAAUGCCGUCUAUGAACUAGAGCAUAUUCUUAUUGAAGGUCAUUCCCGCGAGGUCCCAACUGGUGGUGCUCCACGUGGUGCUCAGCUCGUUCUUGGAACUAAAAGAGAUCCUUAUUUUGCCGACACGAUCAUCAUGGCCAACUUGGGUUAUUUCCAAUUCAAAGCAAACCCAGGGUUUUAUAAAAUCCAACUCCAGGAGGGUAGGAGUUCGGAAAUCUACAACAUUGAAAGUAUUGGCUCUCGCGGUUGGCUUCCAGUUCCGGGUGAUGAAAGCACGGAUAUCAUUCUUAUGAGCUUCCAAGGUGUAACGUUGUUCCCCCGAUUGUCACGAAAGCCAGGAAUGGAGGGCAAAGAUGUCCUUGAAGAAAAGGCAGACUCGACAUUGGACAUCGUAUCGCGAGGUCUUAGCUUUGCCCAGGGAAUCCUUGGUGGCAAAGGCAAAGAUGCAGAGAAAGAAACGCAUGCCGAAAUCAACAUCUUCUCUGUUGCGAGUGGCCACCUUUACGAACGCAUGUUAAAUAUCAUGAUGGUCAGUGUAAUGAAGCACACCAAACAUACCGUCAAGUUCUGGUUCAUUGAACAAUUCCUAUCACCUUCCUUCAAAGACUUCAUCCCCUACCUCGCCGCUGAAUACGGCUUCAAAUACGAAAUGGUGACCUACAAAUGGCCUCACUGGCUCCGACACCAAACCGAAAAACAGCGUGAAAUUUGGGGCUACAAGAUCCUGUUCCUUGACGUCUUGUUCCCUCUUUCUCUCGACAAGGUGAUCUUCGUGGAUGCGGAUCAGAUCGUAAGAACAGAUAUGAUUGAUCUCGUUAACCACGACCUGAAAGGAGCACCUUAUGGCUUUACACCCAUGUGUGACAGCCGGACUGAAAUGGAAGGAUUCCGGUUCUGGAAACAAGGCUAUUGGGAGAAAUUCUUACGUGGGCUUCCAUACCACAUUUCGGCGCUCUACGUCGUGGAUCUCAAACGCUUCCGUCAAAUGGCUGCCGGUGACAGACUUCGCCAACAAUAUCACUCUCUGUCUUCUGAUCCAAACAGUUUGUCAAACUUGGAUCAAGAUCUGCCAAAUCAUAUGCAGACCAUCCUCCCGAUCCAUAGUUUGCCACAAGAAUGGUUAUGGUGCGAGACAUGGUGUAGCGACGAGAGCUUGAAGGACGCGCGCACCAUAGAUCUGUGCAACAAUCCGCUGACGAAGGAACCGAAGUUGGAUAGAGCAAGGAGACAGGUGCCCGAGUGGACAGUGUAUGAUGAUGAGAUCGCGGCUGUAGACAGGAAGCGGAAAGGCUUGGAUGGGAAUGGAGAGAAGAAGGCACAGAGUGGAACCGUGGAGGUAAAGACGGAGAAGAGGACGAGAGACGAAUUGUAA